AUGGUGUUUGAAGGGCUUUUCUCCCAUCCAAAUGCUCUUUAUAGGGAAGCGAUCAAUGCCUUGAAGGAAUUCAAACAAUAUAAUAAGGAGGAUUCCAUCCCUGUUGAGGCAUCUGUCCCAUCUAUAGAUCGCCUAACUUGGCAACCUCCCCCACAAGGCAUUAUCAAAGUUAACUGGGAUGCUGCGUUAAAUAUGUCAGCCGGCUGGAUAGGUUUGGGAGUAGUGGCCCGGGACAACUUGGGGUGGUGUUUGGGAGCUAGAAGUGUUACUCGUGGAAUGCAGAUGGAACCAAAGACAGCUGAGGUAAUGACAGCUAUUUGUGCAGUAGAGUUCAGUAAAGAAGUUGGAUUUUUUGAGGUAAUUUUUGAAUGGGAUGCUGCCCAAGUGGUUGCAGACAUCAAUAUGGUUUCUACCAACCUAUCUAAUACAGGUUAUCUAACAGAGAGCAUUCAACAAGAGCUGAAGUGGUUUAGAGCAGCGAGUUUUGUCCAUGUGCCUAGAGUUCUUAAUUCCGUGGCCCAUGCUUUGGUUGGAGGUUGCUCAUAA